CUCAUCAAAUUGUUGUAACAUAGGAAUUGUAGAUAUACCUUCUCAAUUCGAAUGUGCAUGAGGUCAAGGUUGAGAGCUCCGAUGAAUCGAUUCAAGCAAUUCAUUGAUUAUGUGCUGAAUUUCCUAUUGUUGCUUCAGAUUCUGAAGCGAUGAUAUUGGGGUUAAGAUUUUCUCAUUAUAACCAAAGUUCAAAGCCUCCGAUCCAAUAAAUCUCAUCAAUCGAUCAUGAUUUUAGCGCUUGAGAAUCCGAAAAAGGACCUAUGACAAUUGUUCUUCCGUAACCUCCAGAUUUCUUGCCAUGGCUACGGCUCACGUUAGCAAACGUGCGCCGAGAGAAAACUUGGAGGGAAAGAAAAUCACCUUGUUUUUCCUUUAGGGAUAAGAUCAUUAAAGUGUGUUUAAUUUUUCUCUUUUUCAGCCUUGCUUUUACAGGUUUUCUCUCUGGGAUUCAGAACAACUUUUCAUGAUUUGCCUGAAGACAAUCAUGCAAUAAUGAUGGUGACACAGAGAGUCAACUUUUUGCUGCCAUAUCUGUUAUCAAUACAUGAUGAUAAACAUGUGCAGGCCACAAACCCACUUCUGUAUCAAGCUAUCUCAGAUGAGAAUGCAAAAAUACAACGUGUUUUAGAUGAUAUGUCAUUUUCUCUUGCUGAAAUAGAAUCCGGCGUAAUGGGAGAUCCGAAUGAGAUUUCAAUCGGUCGUUGUUUUAUGGUUGAUUGGACUGGAAAGGCAGGCUUAAAGUAUGAGGUUCUCGUUCUUGAUGUUAAACCAUCCCGACAUUGUUUUUCAUGGGAUAUCUUUUUUGUUCGGAAGUUGACAUCAAAGCUAUUGGAUCUUAAUGAGCAGAAAAAGUUGAUGAUAUGUAGUCGUGUGCAGGCUUCUCGUGUUUAUGUGGUAUUAUUACCACAGUUUGGAAAACGUCGUUCUAUAGAUGAACUUAUGCGUAGUUUUGACAUACUUUUCUCGAAGUUAGCUCCUCAAGGUAGUGAAGGUACUUUUAGGUGCACGAAAAUCUCAGAAGAUCAAUUGUUAUCUGUUUCGGAGGAAGAAGAUAGUUCCAAGAAAAUUGAAGCUGAAACUUCUAUUGAUGUUCUCGAGUUUAGUGGAAGAUUAUGUGUCGAGUAG